ACCUUUUUAUUGUUGUUUUCUUUUUUUUAUCACGAAUUAUCUGGUAAUUUGGCAUGACGAUGGUUGCUAAACGAGGGGACAGGAGAGGGGUGUAAAGGAGCUAACGUUAGCUAGCUAUCUUGCUGGCUGUGUUAUUAGCAAGAACAAUCUCUUAAAAAGCAGUGGUUUGGGUCUAAUGGCAGUUUUAACUACCGUUGCCUAUUAUAAUUGGUUUUACAGCUGAUUUAAGUAUUAUUUUGCUAACGAUACGAAUACGUUAGGUUUUUGAACACCAUGUAAUUUAAUUCAAUUAACACUAAUAUUUUUUUAGCUAGGUAGCCAGCAUGCUACUACUGGUUACUGUGUGCUAGGCCAGUGGCUCCCAACCUUUUUGGGUUAUUGUACCACCAACUGAAUUUUGUUCUGCCAGGAGUACCCCUGAAGUACCCCAUCAUGUGCAUUUUACCAGUAAGCCUAAGGUCUCGUGAGUCUUCUCAAGUACACCCUUUGGAUAGGCCAGGUACCCCUCCCCAGGCCAGGGGUCCUACUAGGUAGUACCGCUGGUUUGGAACCACUGUACUAGGCCGUACUGUACUACUAGCUAGAGAGGAACCCGGUUUCUUGCGAUUGGAGAUAUCCAGCCUGGAAGACGACUGAUUCCCCAAGAAAAUACAACAAACAAUACGAGAUGGCAAGCCCAGGGAAUGACCGAAUGAAGAGUUACAAGAACAAAGCGCUGAACCCACAGGAGAUGCGCCGGAGGAGAGAGGAGGAGGGGAUCCAACUCCGCAAACAGAAGAGAGAAGAGCAGCUGUUCAAGAGGAGGAAUGUGUGUGUGCCCUCGGGUGAUGAGUCCAUGUUGGAAUGCCCUAUCCAGGACCCUGACAUCAGCUCCACUGCACCAGUCUCAGGUGAAGGUGUCAUAACUCCAGACAUGAUCCAGAUGAUCUUCUCUGAGGAUCCAGACCAGCAGCUGAUCGCCACACAGAAAUUCAGGAAGUUACUCUCCAAAGAGCCCAACCCCCCCAUCGAUGAGGUCAUCCUCACCCCAGGGGUCGUCAAUAAGUUUGUGGAGUUCCUCAAGAGGAGUGAGAACUGCACUCUUCAGUUUGAGGCAGCCUGGGCCCUGACCAACAUUGCCUCUGGGACCUUCCUGCACACCAAGGUGGUUAUCGAGACGGGAGCCGUACCCAUCUUCAUCGAGCUGCUCAACUCAGACUACGAGGACGUCCAGGAGCAGGCCGUGUGGGCCCUGGGGAACAUCGCCGGGGACAACGCAGAGUGCAGAGACUACGUUCUCAACUGUGGCAUCCUGCCCUCCUUACAACAGCUGCUGGCUAAAUCCAACCGUCUCACCACAACUAGGAAUGCUGUAUGGGCUCUGUCUAACCUGUGUAGAGGGAAGAACCCCCCUCCAGACUUCAUCAAGGUGUCUCCCUGUCUGAGUGUGCUGUCCAGGCUGCUGUUCAGUAGUGACCCAGACGUGUUGGCUGAUGCCUGCUGGGCCCUCUCCUACCUGUCUGACGGACCUAAUGACAAGAUACAGACCGUCAUCGACUCUGGGGUCUGCCGCAGACUGGUGGAGCUACUCAUGCACAGUGACUAUAAGGUGGUCUCUCCUGCGCUGCGUGCUGUGGGAAACAUAGUGACAGGAGAUGACAUUCAGACUCAGGUGAUUCUGAACUGCUCGGCGUUGCCAUGCCUAUUACACCUGCUCAGCAGUCCCAAGGAGUCCAUCAAGAAGGAGGCCUGCUGGACUGUGUCUAACAUUACAGCUGGGAACAGAGCACAGAUCCAGACUGUGAUAGAUGCCAACAUCUUCCCAGUGCUGAUAGAGAUUCUUCAGAAGGCAGAGUUCCGCACCAGGAAGGAAGCAGCGUGGGCUAUAACCAACGCUACCUCUGGGGGCACUCCUGAGCAGAUCAGGUACCUGGUUAGUCUGAACACCAUCAAGCCCAUGUGUGACCUGCUGACAGUGAUGGACAGUAAGAUAGUGCAGGUGUCACUGAACGGCCUGGAGAACAUCCUGAGACUGGGAGAGCAAGAGGCCAAGCAGAACGGCACCGGCAUCAAUCCUUACUGUGCCCUCAUAGAGGAAGCCUAUGGUCUGGACAAGAUAGAGUUCCUGCAGAGCCAUGAGAAUCAGGAGAUCUACCAGAAGGCUUUUGACCUGAUCGAGCACUACUUUGGUGUGGAGGAGGAGGACGCUAGCAUCGCCCCGCAGGUGGACCAGAACCAAGGCCAGUUCAUCUUCCAGCAGCAAGAUGGGCCCAUGGAGGGCUUCCAGCUCUAACCACACCCUGACCUUUGACCUUCACCCCUCU